CUCUUGGAUAAGAACCGGACGAACAGGUUUCCAUCCAGCGCCGCCUCUUUGGAGCUGAGCAUAUAAAGGAAGCGUCCUCUCACGGAUCAGAAAGCACGACAGAAGCAGCUCCUCUGAAGAUAAAGAAAGCUAAAACACAAACUACACGUGAAGAUGAUGAUGCAGCUGUCAGAAACCCCGAACCAGAAGAACUCCCUCUUCAACGCCAUGAACCGCUUCAUCGGCGCCGUGAACAACAUGGAUCAGACCAUCAUGGUGCCCAGCUUGCUGCGGGACGUCCCGCUGCUGGAGGAGGACAAGGAGCCGGGCCAGGGCUCCCUGAAGGCGGUCGAGGACGAGGGGGACAUGUACAGCUACUACCAGCUGCUCAAGUCCAUCCGCAGGGACAUCGAGUGGGGGGUCCGACGCGCCGCGGCCGACGAGAGGCGCAAAGAGGGCAUGAAGCUCGUCCGCUCCCACUCCUCUAUGUCCACCUCGUCCUCCGUAUCCUCAUCCUCGCUAUCAUCAUCGGAGGAGGAGGAAGAGGAGGACGAGGACUUGGAGAAGCAGUUCCAGUUCCACCUGACCGGACUGCAAGGGGUGCUGUCCAAACUCACGCAGCAGGCCGACUGUCUAACCAAGCGCUACAAGCAGGAGAUUGGCAUCGGAGGAUGGGGCCAGUGAGCGCACACAGAAUGGACUUCUCCUUAUUGUCAUGUCUUUCCACUUCACUGGCUGAACUGAUUUCCUCAGCGGGGCCUUGAUUCUGCUGCUGCUGACUUUCUGAAUGGCAGUAAGAGUCCCGCAGGCCUGUGCGUCCUGAGAGAGACAUUCUUCCACUCAACUCUAAUGUUUUGCACUCGUUUGUUUCACAUUCAGGCCACAUCAGAUUAAAACAUAUUUAAGCCUCUAUUUAAAGUAUUUAUUACCUGAUUGUAUGAUUGAGAGACUGAGAGGGGGAUCCUGGUGUUUGCGUCGAUACUGGCAUGAGAUUCAGCAUCCUCCCGUGAUGAUGAUGAUGUCAGUGAGCACGUGGAUCUGUCCCUUUGCUUCUUUUAUUGUUAUGGUGUUUUUGUUGUUUCUUAGCUCAGAAGGAGGCAGGUGCUCGCUGUAUCAGCCGGUGAUCUCUUUGUGUCCUACAUGGUCGAUGAACUGGAAUAAACCGAUCAUUCUUCUGUGGGGAGAAUAAUGAGGGUUUCCAUGAGAUGCUGUCUUUGUUGCUGUUGUCAUUUGAGUCCAUUUUGUGUUAUCAUUAGGUCCAUCUGUCAGAACAAGCCAAUGCUGUUUUUAUAUAUAUAU